CCCCCGUCUUUCAACCAUCCAUCCUUUUUUUCUUUCUUUCUCUUCCACCCAUCUUGGGGUUAUUCAUUUGUCUCGUUGAUAGUUUCUAUUCAGUUCGAGUUUAUUCUACGACGUAUAUCGUUGUGUCGAAUUUGUAAUUGCGUCAGCCAGUGUUGAGCACUUUUCAUUCCUUUCUUUUUUCCGCGACCCGAAGCAACGCGCGAGUCGCCAACAAAUAUGCCUUCUUAUCGUCUGGAAGAAGCAUCCACUGGCCGAGCCGGCUGCCAGAACAAAGAAUGCAAGGAGGCCAAAGCCAAGAUCCUCAAGGGUGAGCUGCGCCUCGGUACUUGGGUUGAUACCGAGCGAUUCCAGAGUUUUUUCUGGAGACAUUGGGGAUGUGUGACGCCCAAGAUCGUCAGCCACAUGCAAGAAACCAUCGCCGAUGAAGGCGACGGUGAACUGUCUACCAUCGAUGGCUUCGAGGACCUGUCUGAAGAACAUCAGGAUAAAGUCCGUAAGGCUGUCGAGCAGGGCCAUGUUGACGAUGAAGAUUGGAAGGGGGAUGUGGAGAUGAACAGACCCGGCAAGAACGGGUUUCGUAAGCGUGUGACCAAGAAGAAGGCCAACGCCGAUGAGGAAGAUGAACCUGCGGAAGAAAAGGAACCCGCCAAACCCAAGAAGCGCACUGCCAAGGCGGCCAAGAACGAUGAGUCCGACGAUGAAGCUCCCAAGGCCAAAAAGACCAAAACGGCCGGUCGGUCCAAGAAGGUCGUCGAGAGCGAGGGAGAGAGUGAGGGCGAGGACAGCGAAGCCGCCACCCCUGCCAAAUCCAAGGCCAAGCCGACCGCGCGUAAGGGACGCGCCGCUGCUAAGGCAACCCCGGAGAAGAAGGCCACUGCCGGCACUAGAACUGGUGGCAGACGCCAGAAGAAGGCCGUCGCGGAGGAUGAGGGUGACGCUGAAGCCCAGGCCGAACCUGAGCCCGAGCCUGUCGUGGAGGAGAAGCCCAAGCGCGGCCGCAAGAAGAAGUCUGCUUAGCUUGCUUAGCUUGGCUUCAGCAGUCUGUCAUGCGUGGCUGUUCUUUGUGUCGUGUUCUUAAUUCUAUGCUUUCUCUUUUUCUUUCAGCGCAGUGGUGACUAUGGUGUGUUUUGUCGAUGUUUGAGUUUGAUAUCUGGUUGUUGUCUAGGUCGUGGGGAGUCGGUGUCAGGGUUAUCUAUCUGUGCAUUGCAUGUUGUUUCGGAAAAGUGUCUUAUGGACGUUGCUAAUUGUUGUCGAACAUACUGUCUGUGUCUAUUUCAUCUGCACAAGUGCGUUGAAGCCAUGUGAGGAAUCGAGUGAUAUUUCCCAUGUUCAUAUUCAUGCGUUCUUUUCGGAUCUACUAGGGAUAUUUUCCACUUCCAGUUUUCAAAUCCCCUCCUACUGAGCCUCGGUAUUACAAAUCCCGAGAAAGCGAAUGUGACCAAAGAAGGAGAUAUGAUCCGAUUAUUUGGCGGGAGGUCUGAGUAGCAUAUCAACCCUCCCGGAUUAGAAUAGUGCAACCAAGUUCUAAGUAUAAACUGGAUUAAAAUCUAAUCUACUGAGUGC